AGUUGGAGAUCAAAUUCGCUGUUUCAAAAAAAAGCUGGAAGUCCUCUUCACAUUUUGCUGGCUAUUGUCUUGUUUACCUGACGGGACAAUACAAAUAAUCAACUCUUUAACAAAAAAUGCUCAUGAGAUUGUAAAAGUGGCCAGACGUGUUAGUCUGGACUUGAGACUGACCUAUUGAAAAUGAACAUGCCUGGUGCCAGUGGAGGAUGUGACCGAUCCAGAGAUCAAUGGCGCUCCAGUGACCGCUCUCGCGACUCCUCACAUGAACGUGUUGAAGGCCAACUCACACCCUGCAUUCGCAACGUGACCUCACCCACACGCCAAUACAACAGCGAUCGAGAAGGCGGGUCAUCACGGCCCAGCAGCCCCAGGCCUCAGAGAGUUUCUCCCAGCAGCAGUAGUGGGGUGGCCAGCAGUCGCAACAGCAGCCUGUCAAGCUCGGAGGGCUCCUACAAGAGCAUGGUCCCCGGUGAAAUGGUCUUCAUCUAUGAAAACAUCAAAGAUGGAGCCCGCAGUGUCCGUACAUCAGAGAAGGUCACGCUUAUAGUGGACAACACCCGCUUCGUGGUGGACCCCACGAUUUUCACAGCACAGCCCAACACCAUGCUUGGCAGAAUGUUUGGAUCUGGAAGGGAGCACAAUUUCACCCGUCCCAACGACAAAGGAGAGUAUGAGGUGGCAGAGGGCAUCAGCUCCACUGUGUUCAGAGCAAUACUGGAUUACUAUAAAUCUGGAAUAAUCCGCUGUCCUGAUGGAAUCUCCAUUCCCGAGCUGAGGGAAGCGUGUGACUAUCUGUGCAUCUCUUUUGACUACAGUACUAUCAAGUGCCGGGACCUAAGUGCCCUGAUGCAUGAGCUGUCCAAUGACGGUGCUCGACGGCAGUUUGAGUUCUAUCUGGAGGAGAUGGUGCUCCCUCUGAUGGUGGCCAGCGCUCAGAGUGGCGAGAGGGAGUGUCACAUCGUAGUGCUCACCGACGAUGAUGUAGUGGACUGGGAUGAGGAGUACCCACCCCAGAUGGGAGAGGAGUAUUCACAAAUCAUAUACAGUACAAAACUGUAUCGAUUCUUCAAGUACAUUGAAAACCGUGAUGUAGCCAAAUCAGUUUUAAAAGAGCGAGGACUCAAGAAAAUCAGACUGGGUAUUGAAGGUUACCCAACAUACAAAGAGAAAGUGAAAAAGCGUCCGGGCGGUCGACCUGAAGUCAUCUACAACUAUGUCCAAAGACCCUUCAUCCGCAUGUCGUGGGAGAAGGAGGAGGGUAAGAGUCGGCACGUGGACUUCCAGUGCGUGAAGAGCAAAUCCAUCACAAACCUGGCAGCAGCUGCAGCAGACAUUCCCCAGGAUCAGCUUGUGGUAAUGCAUCCUGAACCGCAAGUGGAUGAACUGGACAUUAUCCCCAACCACCCUCCACCUGGUCACCAAUACAGCAACAACUUCAACAAUGAGCCUGACCCUGACGCCCCCUCGCCUGCAGUCUGAGAGCAGACACCUCUUCAACAGCAUGCUUCAGUAUGAACCAGAGUGACACUAUAACCGGAUUGCCUUCUGCACUUGCUCUACAGCCUUAGAGUUUCUCCUGUCUAGUUACUGUAUUUAAUUAAAAAAGAAAGAAAUGAUUUACCCAGCGUGGACUUGGUCUACUGGCAUUGGCAGUGCUCUCCUGUUCUGUCUUAUGUUCUUUAUUUUUACUUGACCCAAGGGCAUUUAUUUUUAUUUGUUGUAGGAAAUAACGUUUGCAUUAUUGGGCUUAUAUUCUGAUUAUUAUUACUAUUGUUCUUUUCCAUUUCUUAUAUUAUAACUUCAGUAUUGUUUUCUUUCACUUGAUGCAUUUGGGUUUGGUGCCACUUUAUUUAUCUUUUGUAAAGCCCGCCCCCCAGCUCCUGUGCAGCAUGUCUCUUCAGGAGCUCCAUUUGCCUGGUGAAUGAAUGCAGUGUUUUAGAUGGACAUUAAUUUAUCUGCUCAAGAUCUGUCUGUUUAGCGCUCGAAAACCAUUGUUUUAAUAAAGUGAUAUGUAUUCAUAUUUGUAUGGCAUAUAAAAUUGGAUUAUUGUUUGGUCUCUUUGGAUUGAGGGGGCAUAUUUUGCAGGGGGAAAAAAAAUCAGACUAGAAACUCACAACAUCUGGGCCUAUUCAAUAUAGUACUGACUUACACUUACAGAACACACACAAUUUUCUGUAAUCCAACUGGCCAAACAAAGCCAUUCAACCUGUAGCACAUAGCACAAAAAAUAAUUUAAACUCAAGUUAAUGACAUAAGCAGAUUUUACUUUAAAUUAAUAGGACAGAUAGAAACGGAUAAAGGUGACCAAAAAACAGAACAGUAUUUGUCAAACUGGUGGGUCAUUGCUGCUAUGCAUUAUUUUGUCAUGUCCUCAUCAUAUAGCCAAUGCUGUAUCGUAAUAUAUGUUUAUAUCAGAUACAAUUUUUGAAUGAUGGAACUCAGUUUAAUUUUAUUACAAUAUUGCAUUAACGUGGGUGAAUGUUAAUUUUACUACAUCGGUGCUAAAAUUUUAAUACUGAAAAUUUUAAGAAAUAUUCCCAGUGUUUCAUAUAUUUUUACUUCCUAUAACUGAAAU